AUGGUACAGGAUAAGUUCAUUAGAUUUACUGGGGAAGAUAAAGAUAACUGUCUUUUGUUCCAGGGUGAAAUUGCUCAGAAUACAAUACGAGCAGCACAAGCUGAUGGCAGCUGGGUCUGCUUACAAAAUUGCCAUCUUGCAUGCUCCUGGAUGCCAACACUGCAGAGGAUAUGGGAAACAAUAGACAACAACAAUUCUAGUCCUGGAUUUAGGCUCUGGCUCACAACUGAACCUUCAGAGGGGUUCCCAGAAUCUGUUUUGCAGAAUGGAAUUAAACUCACAUACGAUCCUCCAGUGGGUGUUAAACGAAAUCUUUAUCACUUAUAUAUGUCAGAAAUGUUAAGAGACCCACAUGUUUUUGAGAGUUCUGGUGGUCGGUACAAAGAAUUCAGCAGGUUGUUGUAUGCGCUGUGCUUUUUUCAUGUGGUAUUGCAGGAGAGAAGCUCAUAUGGCCCUGUUGGCUGGACAAGUCCUUAUGAGCAUGAUGACUCAGAAUUGUUUACAUCAAUACAAACUUUACAGGCUUUCCUCAACACUGACAAGGAAAUAUCAUAUGAAGCCAUCCAAUACACAAUUGGUGAAUGCAUAUAUGGUGCUCAACUAACUGAUGAGUGGGAUCAUCGAAUAUUAAUAACAAUUUUACAUGACUUUAUAAAUCAAGAGCUUGUUGUUUCUCAAAACUAUAUCUUUACAGAAAUAAAUAAGGUGUACAGUGUUCCAUCAGACAUCACACAUUCAGCAUGUUUGCAGAAGAUUGAAAGUUUGCCACAAGAUACAGAGGCUGAAAUAUAUGGUAUGCAUCCUAAUGUUGAUGUAAUUCAGAAAAUAAAUAAUACAAGUUUGUUUAUUGAUGCCUUGUACCUCGUUCAUGGGCCAGCUGUACCAACUAAAAUAUCAGACAUUGAAGAUGUUCUUAUCGACACAUGUACUAUUUUGCUAGAACAGCUUCCAGAGAAAGAGUUUGAUGAAAAAGCUGCAAGAAAAAAGUAUCCACUCUCACAGAAGGAAAACUUGAAUAAUGUUCUCAUACUGGAAAUUGAUAAAUAUAACAAACUUCUCAAGACAAUUAGAAUGACGCUAGAAACAAUAAUCAGAACAAUGAAAGGCCAAGAAAUUAUUAUCUCCCCUGAAAUAGAAGACUCAGUAUCUUCCAUACUGAAAAACAAGAUACCUGCCUCUUGGUGGAAGGUAUCAUAUCCAAGUACCAAAAUGCUGGGGGCUUAUAUUGCUGAUUUCUCCAAAAGAUUUCAGUAUAUAAUGUUGACAUCCCCUUCCAAAAAUAAUUUGACAUAUAAAAAGCAGUGGAAAAUAUCCGUAAUGUUUAACAUGGCUUAUAAAAGAGUGUUUAUAGCAGGUUACAUAAAGGAAGGGAAAUAA